GAUAAACCCAGAGCUCUUUGCUCUCUGCGUCUGGGCACAAUCCAAAGACAAAGCGGUGUGCAACCCCAUUUGACCUUGGGCGUGAAGUUUUAUUUUCCCAAAUUCUCUCCCUCUCCUUGCAGGAACUCUGGUAUAUUCAUGUUUGCUUUGGAAGUACAUAGCACCCGAUGAAGGCCUUCAGGGCUCUGAGAACCCUCACUGUCCUCUCUUCAAAAACCCACAACGCCCACAUCAGUCCCACCUUCCUAUGUCGACUCUACUCGGCCCAACCCCAACAGGACACCUCCGACGGCGACGAUGGUUCAGUCUUCGACAGCGCCCACUACGCACUACCCAACGUGGGUUCGGAUUCUGCUGGCAAAGCCUCUUCACAGUGGGACGAGAAGUAUCGCGCGAAGGCUGAUCGAAUUAUCUUCGGGGAAGAAACCCAGAAGCGGAAAUCGAGAAUUGCGGUUGAAGAAGAAGAGAGCAAGCAGAGGGCUGCCAUUCUCGCAAAGGCUUUGCUUCAAGCGGCAUUGGAGAGGCCUGACGAAGAGGACGAAGACGAGGACGAGGAGGGUGCGACAGUGAAGGAGGAGGACCAGAGGUCGCUUUCCGUUGGGAUAAUAGGAGCGCCGAAUGCCGGAAAGUCGGCACUCACUAAUUACAUGGUUGGGACAAAAGUGGCUGCUGUUUCGCGGAAGAUAAACACAACUACUCAUGAAGUGUUAGGAGUGAUGACUAAAGGAAACACCCAAAUUUGUUUCUUUGAUACACCAGGACUGACGUUGAAGAGAAGUGGGUACCCUUACAAUGAUAUGAAAGUUCGUGUGCAAAGUGCUUGGAGUUCAGUUGAUCUAUAUGAUGUGCUCAUAGUUAUUUUUGAUGUUCAUAGGCAUAUGAAUAGGCCUGACUCAAGGGUAGUAAGAUUGAUUGAAAGAAUGGGAGCACAAACACAUCCAAAACAGAAGCGAGUGUUAUGUAUGAAUAAGAUUGAUUUAGUUGAAAAAAAGAAAGACCUUUUGAAGAUUGCUGAGGAAUUCAAAGAACUUCCAGGGUAUGAAAGGUAUUUCAUGAUCUCAGGAAUGAAGGGUUCUGGAGUGAAGGAUCUUACCCAAUAUUUGAUGGAACAGGCAUUUAAAAGACCUUGGGAUGAGGAUCCAAUCGCCAUGAGUGAAGAAGUUAUGAAGAAUAUAUCAUUAGAAGUUGUUCGGGAAAGGUUGCUAGACCAUGUACAUCAGGAAAUCCCUUAUGGUAUUGAACAUCGAUUGAUGGAUUGGAAGGAGUUGCGAGAUGGUUCUCUUAGGAUUGAGCAGCAUCUUAUCACUCAUAAAGAAAGCCAGCGAAAGAUUCUUGUGGGGAAGAAAGGCUCUAAAAUAGGAAGAAUAGGCGUUGAGGCUAAUGAAGAGCUACGGUCCAUCUUCAAGAGGGAUGUGCAUCUCAUUCUGCAGGUUAGACUUAAAUGAUGCUUAAACGAUUGAAGCAGACAUCGUAAAUUGCUCCUCCAUUGUCAAGUCGUCGGCUAUGUAUAUAGUGGCAAAGCCUGCAUUUCUACUUCCACCUCCGCAAUUUCUUGGGCAAGACCAUAGAGAGCUGACUUCAAGUUGCAAUGAUAUGCUUUCUUGGAUAUUGGAAUUCAGGCGGCUGGCAGUGACAUGAUGGGAAGGCCCAGCUUACAGAAUAGUACUCACCUCUUGCUUUCAUAAUCUUUCUGCUUUUAGGUGAUAUGAAUUUUGUGAGGCUAAAUUGGCUGUUGUUUCUGCAUGUGUUUUGUAUUUAAACAUCCUGUUGGGCAAGACCAUGGAGAGCUGACUUCAAGUUGCAAUGAUAUGCCUGCUUGGAUGUUGGAAUUCAGGCGGCUGGCAGUGGCAUGAUGGGAAGGCCCAGCUUACAGAAUAGUCCUCAUCUCUUGCUUUCAUAAUCCUUCUGCUUUUAGGUGAUUUAAAUUUUGAGAGGCUAAAUUGGCUGUUGUUUCUGCAUGUGUUUUUUUUACUAAUUUUUGUACUUAUGCCACCUGCAUAAACCUGAGCUGAGGAUAUAGUUGGUCAUUUUUCCAUGAUCAUAUUGUAGAAUGAGGAAAAGAAAAAAAAUCCUCACACCUGAGCUGAGGAUAUAGUUGGUCAUUUU